AAAUCAUGACCGACGUGUUUGGGAAAGCAAGAAUUGAACUCACUGCCUACUGACUUUUACUAGUUGAAAUCACCCCAAAGAUGUCCUCGUGAAGUCCUUAAAGAUUCAAUCAUUUCUCCAGCUGCAACUUCAAACUUCAAACUGUUUCCACCGGGAUCCACUGCUUGUCUUCUGUUGAGAAGUCCCGAUGUGAUCCGAUGCUCCGGCAGGUGGGGUGCCUCACAGAGGAUGGAAAAAAAGGAUCGGCUCCUGGACAUCCCAUGUAGAGUUUGCGGCGAUAGAAGCUCAGGAAAACACUACGGAAUCUACAGCUGUGACGGUUGUUCCGGAUUCUUCAAGCGAAGCAUCCAUCGUAACAGAGUUUACACUUGCAAAGCGCAGGGUGAUUUAAAGGGAAAGUGCCCCAUCGACAAGACCCAUAGGAACCAGUGCAGGGCGUGCAGACUCAAAAGGUGUUUUGAGGCUUGUAUGAACAAAGACGCGGUCCAGCACGAGCGAGGACCCAGAAAACCGAAGUUCAAAGACCCAUCCGAUCCGCACGGGCAGAUCACCAAAUCCAACCACCACCACCACUCCAUCCAUCCUCUGGGCCACCACCCUCUGGCGCGCCUCUCGAGCACCUCGCCCUCUCACCACCACCACCACCACCCCCAGGCCUCCCCCUUCCACUCGGCGGCGGCAAAACUGGCCUUCGACAUGUCGAAGCUCCCCUCUUCCCUUGCCGCCGCAGCCGCCGCGGCGGCGGCUGCGGCCUCGGAUCCGGGCGGCGGGGGACUCUUCGGGGCGCCGCCGUCGCAAAUGGCGGGAAAAGAGCAGCAGGCGGCGGCGGCUGCGGCGUUCCUCGGAGCAUCCUCGGCGGGGCUGCUGCAGAUGCUCCUCAACGCGGAGAAGUCGCAGGAACUCAUAUGGAACAGUGUCAAUAUCAAGCCCAACGCACUAGCACCUAAGCUAGGAGUCGACCAUUCUCACUUCCCGGGAUUCUCUCCCCCGUUGCCCCCUCCCCCUCUCUGCUCCCCGCUGGAAGGGGGCGGACAAAGGGCCGGAGCCCUCAUGAGCUUCGGGCCCACGCAGCACAUGGGCUCGAACAGGGAAUCGGUGCAAGAGAUCACUGCCAGACUCCUAUUCAUGGUGAUUCGGUGGGUCAAGUGCUUGCCCACUUUCCAGACGCUGUCCAAAACUGACCAGGUAAUUCUACUAGAGGAAUCCUGGAAAGAUCUCUACUUAUUGAACAUGGCGCAGUGGUCUGUAACCCUCGACUUGUUGGGCUCGCUACCUCGGCCUCCCCUAGCGCUGACUCGUGCCACGGCGGAACAAAAGGGCGAGGAGACUGCCAACCUGGUGGACAUGCACUACGUCCAGGAGGUGAUGAGGAGGUUCCGGCAGCUCUCGCCAGAUGCCACAGAGUGCAGCUGCUUGAAGGCUAUUGUCCUCUUCAGACCUGAAACUGUAGGCCUGUGUGACGUGCACCCUGUCGAGAUGCUCCAGGACCAGGCGCAAUGCAUCCUGGGAGACUACGUGCGCCACAAAUACCCCCGACAGCCGACCCGCUUCGGACGACUAUUGCUGCUCAUCCCCUGUUUGCGGGCCGUAGGGGCGCAGGCCGUAGAGAAACUUUUCUUCAAAGACACCAUAGGGGACAUACCCAUUGAAAGACUCAUAGGAGACAUGUAUCAUAUGGAAAGACUUGAGUGAACUGCGUUCAUCGACGCCUUCGCAGAAAUCAUUUCUCAUUACAUUCCACGCGUCAAAGAGACGACUUUAUAAACUGUUUCUCUAGAAGAAGGAAUCUCGCUGCUGAAGAUGUGUGAAACGAAUUGCAGAAAUGUUCCAAAUCAUUUAAAAGAUGUUAUUGUUACGUCAGUUACCUUACAGGAAUAUGAAUGUACACUUCACAUCUAAAUGAUUUUUAAAUAAAUGUACAGU